AUGUGCCUUGAAGUUGGUUUGCAGUCUACUGGCAUUGAGGUCAGGUUUGAAACUGUUGGGAAUUGGCGUAUCGUUGGUGAGCACAUGUGGGUUGGAAGCAAUGUGGUGAACAUGCCAAGGACCGAAGACGGCAGUCCCAAUGUUGAAGCAUUCCCUUACCACUGGAGUGACAAGAAGGGCCAAUCUGUAGUCAGCCAAUUGCUCACUACAAGAUGCACUGGUGACAUGGACAGCACUUACUCAGAGGAGGGCAUGGUUCAGCUAGAGCUUCUACAGGUUGAUGCAGAAGGUGUAGCUGUUUCUGAUUCACCAAGAACUGUCUUUGUUCAAGAGUACACAUCAGUGGCUGGUGCACUGGGCCCUUUUGGGUGGUUUGACUUUCAGGUGAACUGCAAUUGCACUGAUAAUGUGCCAACCCAGGCACCCUCGGUAACUGGUGGUCCAAGCACAACUCACUCUCCAACAGGCUCCCCAACUACAUCCCUAUCGGGACGUCCGACAGGCUCCCCAACUACAUCCGCAUCAGGCUACCCAUCUGGACAUUCAACAGGCUACCCCACGUCGUCCCCAACAGCAUAUCCAACCGGACAUCCAACGGGCUACCCAACAGGCUACCCCACUUCGUCCCCAACAGCAUAUCCAACCGGACAUCCAACGGGCUACCCAAACUACACCACUUUGUCCCCAACAGGAUUUCCAACUGCAUCGCCAACAGGGAAGCCAUCCAUAGUAUCAACCGCUGAGCCAAGUUUGCCUAGCAGUCUUCCUCCAACUCCCCAUGUUCCCAGCAUUUGCAUCAUGACAAGGGAUGGGAGCCACAAAGAAUGCCAUGAGGUUCUGUCAGAGAAAGGAGCUGUUGUAGGCCUCAUGUGCCUUGAAGUUGGUUUGCAUUCUACUGGCAUUGAGGUCAGGUUCGAAACUGUUGGGAAUUGGCGUAUCCUUGGUGAGCACAUGUGGGUUGGAAGCAAUGUGGUGAACAUGCCAAGGACCGAAGACGGCAGUCCCAAUGUUGAAGCAUUCCCUUACCACUGGAGUGACAAGAAGGGCCAAUCUGUAGUCAGCCAAUUGCUCACUACAAGAUGCACUGGUGACAUGGACAGCACUUACUCAGAGGAGGGCAUGGUUCAGCUGGAGCUUCUGCAGGUUGACGCAGAAGGAGUAGCUGUUUCUGAUUCAACCGUUGUUGCCUUUGCAGAAGAGUUCAGCUCCGCAUGUGGAGGAUGGUUUGACUUUCAAGUGAACUGCAAUUGCACUGAUAAUGUGCCAACCCAGGCUCCUUCGGCUACCCAUCAGGAGAUUCAACAGGCUACCCCACUUCGACCCCAACAGCAUAUCCAACCGGACAUCCAACGGGCUACCAAACAGGCUACCCCACUUCGUCCCCAACAUCAUAUCCAACCGGACAUCCAACGGGCUACCCAACAGCAUCUUCAACAGACCACACCACUUUGUCCCCAACAGGAUUCCCAACUGCAUCGCCAACAGGGAAGCCAUCCAUAG